AUGACCGCAACAGCUGGCGACACGUCUAUGUCGCGAUACGACUCAUCAGCCGGGGAACUUUCUUCGCCUCCCUCUGGAUCACUUUCCGACCCCGGCUCGCCAUCACGGAACGGUUCGAGCAGUCGUCCACCACAAGACUAUGAUGAGAUCGUUGUCGUUUCCAGUGACGGUCAAUAUCAACACAUCGGCCACCAGAACCACGGCGACCGACCUCCACCUCCCAUGCCACCGCAAUCAGGCACUGGACCUGCUAGGCGAUAUGCGCUCGUCGAUAACCAAUGGGUGCAAUUAACUGCUGCAGGUGUCCCCAGAAAGAAGCCGGGGCGUAAACCAGGGACUAUUGUGAAGCCUCGAACCUCAGACGGUGCCGACAUAGCAAAGGCUGCGCGAAAGCCUCGAAAGCCCCGCGAUCCCAAUGCACCACCCAUGCCGCGAAAGAGGAAGAUGAAUGCUGCCGAUGGUGAAGAUGACGUUCCCUCCGAUUCCAAGUCCAUUGCCGCUGGGGCGUCUACCGGGGGCCAGUCGCACAUUGCCGACGUCUCUAAUCUAUCAGCAUCUUCACCUGGUCAACAUCAUCUACAACCAUCAUCGUCAUCACACCAACCUGAGCAGCGUUAUUCACCCAAGAUGGCGAAGCGAGAACAUUUUGGAUCUAUGCAAAGCCUCUUGAACUCGGACCCUCCAACUGAACGGCCUUCUUCGCAACCGCAGUCGCAGGCUAACAAUUCUACAUCGAUUCCUGUACGAACUAGCGGCCAAAGCUACGAUCCCAUUCGUGGUAACUACGAUCCUGUGCGUGGGACAAUGGUCUCUCAUAACUCUUAUAAUUCGGCCUCUGGGUCACCAAGGGCCCCUUCGCAAAUGCCCAACCGCUCGCCAACCAUUGCAAGUCUCCUUGGUGGAAGCGAAUCGCGCAGCCCUUAUCAGCCUCCAAGCCAACCUCGCUUCCAUGCACACGAGCCUUCUCAGCCUCCAUCGCCAUCCAAAGAACCUCAGACAGUUUCGACACCGACGCCAACUCCUUCCUCACGCCCGCCUGUGCAGGAAGCUAAGCAGGAUUCUGCUCCACCACCACCGCCGCCAGUUCAACGCCCAGUCAUCAAGGAGUCUAACUUUACGACAAUCUCUAACGGUCCUAUCAAAAAGUCAUCGCCAAAGCAGAAACCCCAUACCGGAGUUUCAACGCCCAAAACCGACAACUUGGAUGACAUGCAGGAAGGGGAAGGUCGAUCAAUCCUCGACUUUGGCCGAGCCAAGCCAGGUGAAGAAGCUCAAGCCCCUACCAUCAUUCUCAGUGUACCUAUCCAGCCCGGGGAGACGAACAGAUAUGUCAACUUCAUGCGCAUGGCUGAAGAUCGAUACGGCUGGGAUGCUCUUCACCCUCGUCUGGCUGCAAACCGAGAUCGCAAGGCCCGCAUUGCUGCGGCAGCUGCCUCUCUAGAGAAGGCAGAGUCUGGUCGCGAAUCUGGUGAUGAAAUGUCUGUUGACCUGUCCGAUGCCGAGGCUAGCAACCCCGACAACGGUGUCACCAGUGGUGUUGAUGCGCAGGCCAAGCCCAAAAAGAAGCGUAAUUUCAAGGAAGACCAGUACGAUGUCGAUGAUGACUUCGUGGAUGACUCAGAGCUUCUGUGGGAAGCUCAGGCAGCAGCAAGCCGUGACGGAUUCUUUGUUUACUCUGGUCCCUUGGUGCCCGAGGUCGAAAAGCCAGCGGCUGGACAAGAGGGGCCUCCCAAGCGAGGACGUGGUGGAAGAGGUAGCCGUGGAGGUGCCAGAGGUGCAUCAACUCGGGGUGGAGCCGGGACUGGUCGUGGAGGCGGCCCCGGAUCUCGUGGCGGCUCCGUCACUAGAAAACCUCGCAUUACUAAACAAGAGAAGGCGCAGCGUGAGCGCGAGAAGGCUGAGCGCGAGACCAUGGCCCAAAUGGCCAAGACGCCUACUCACAGUGGCUAUUCACUGAACCCGACUACACCGUCCUUGGCCGUUAGUGAAUUGGGCGCCUAG